AAAAUGUCUGAAAGAUCAGAUCUCCUUCACUUCAAGUUUGAAAAUUAUGGAGAUUCAAUGUUACAAAAAAUGAACAAAUUAAGAGAAGAGAAUAAAUUUUGUGAUGUUACAGUUCUCAUAGAUGAUAUUGAGGUACAGGGGCAUAAAAUUGUGUUUGCUGCAGGUUCCCCCUUCUUAAGAGACCAGUUUUUACUGAACGAUUCGAGAGAGGUGAAAAUCUCCAUAUUGCAGAGUUCCGAAGUGGGGAGACAAUUGCUCUUGUCGUGUUAUAGUGGUGUGCUGGAAUUCCCAGAGAUGGAACUGGUCAAUUACUUGACCGCUGCGAGUUUUCUUCAGAUGAGUCACAUUGUAGAACGGUGCACGCAGGCCUUGUGGAAGUUUAUAAAGCCAAAACAGCCAAUGGAAAGUAAAGAGGGAUGUGAACCACAGAGUGCUUCUCCCCAGUCGAAAGAACAUCAGGGGGAUGCCAGAGGCUCCCCAAAGCAGGACUCACCUUGUAUUCACCCAUCUGAAGACAGUAUGGAUAUAGAGGACAGUGAUAUUCAGAUCGUUAAGGUAGAAUCUAUUGGGGAUGUAUCAGAGGUUAGAAGUAAAAAAGAUCAGAACCAGUUUAUUUCUUCUGAACCCACUGCUUUACAUUCAUCUGAGCCCCAGCACUCUCUGAUAAAUUCAACUGUGGAAAACAGAGUAAGUGAAAUAGAGCAAAACCAUCUCCACAAUUAUGCCCUCUCUUACACAGGCAGUGAUAACAUCAUCAUGGCCGCGAAAGAUGUCUUUGGGCCUAAUAUUCGAGGUGUAGACAAAGGCCUGCAGUGGCAUCACCAGUGCCCAAAGUGUACCAGGGUGUUUCGUCACCUGGAGAACUACGCCAACCAUUUAAAAAUGCACAAACUCUUUAUGUGUCUACUCUGCGGCAAGACUUUUACUCAGAAAGGCAACCUUCAUCGACACAUGCGUGUGCAUGCCGGCAUUAAACCUUUCCAGUGUAAAAUCUGUGGGAAAACCUUUUCUCAGAAGUGUUCCUUACAGGAUCAUCUUAACCUUCACAGUGGAGAUAAGCCCCAUAAGUGUAACUAUUGUGACAUGGUUUUUGCACAUAAGCCAGUUUUGAGGAAGCACCUUAAACAGCUCCAUGGCAAAAACAGCUUUGAUAAUGCCAAUGAAAGAAAUGUGCAAGACCUCACUGUGGACUUUGAUUCUUUUGCGUGUACAACAGUCACAGACUCUAAAGGGUGUCAGCCGCAGCCUGAUGCGACACAGGUCCUGGAUGCAGGUAAACUGGCCCAAGCUGUCCUGAACUUAAGGAACGAUAGCACUUGCGUGAAUUAAAUAGGGCCUUUGUGCUCCUAACUAGAACUGACUACAAACGUGGCAAUAGUCUGAGUC